AUGGAUGAUCAUAGAAGCGUUGAAGACACUCCUGUGUCUCAAAGGCUUACAAAUGAUGAUUUUAGGAAGUUACUUAUGACACCACGAGCGACUGCAUCUGGAGGGACUCAUCCUGCUGGCUCUGUAAGGGAGGCUAUGGCUAAUGCGGGGUCUAUGCCACCUCCUCAAGAAAACAAAGGUGAGCUGCGACGUAAGAAGAAGUCUUAUUAUGCUGCUUUAAAGAAGCAAGAAGACAAUAAACUUGCUGAACUGGCAGAAAAAUAUAGGGAUAGAGCUCGGGAGAGACGAGAUGGAGUCAAUGAUCUGACUUCUGAUCCAACUAGCAAUGCAAGCAGUGCUUAUAGGGCUGUAGCUCCAGAUAUUAAAUCAGGAAUGGACGCUAAAGAAAGAAGGAGACAAAUGAUACAGCGAAAGGCAUUGUCAUUUCAAGAAAAAAUUGAGAUAUUGAAAGUUUUUGAUGAAAAAUCACAAACAACAAAUCAAACUCAGUUAGCUGCUGAGCUUCAGUUACCAGUUUCUACGUUACGUACCAUUUUAAAAAAUAGAGUAGAAAUCAAAGAAAAAUACAGAUUGGGUGGUGUGCAGAGAAAAAAGCAAAAGAUCGGAAAGUUUGAUAAAUUAGAAAAAGUUUUAGUGGAAUGGCUUCAUCAAGCACGAGCUUUAAAACUGCCCAUAAGUGGCCACAUAAUAUGUGAGAAAGCGCGUAAAAUUGCUGAAAGCUUGCACAUUACUGAUUUUAACGCUUCAAAUGGCUGGAUAGAUCGUUUUAAAAAUCGCAACGGCAUUGUGUACCGUCAAAUUAGUGGGGAAUCGGAGACAGUGGCACAACAAGAUGUUGAUACAUGGAUGGCAACACUUCCCGAAUUGUUGCAAAAUUACGAACCGCGAGACAUUUUUAACGCAGAUGAAUUCGGUUUAUUUUUUAAAUUGAUGCCAAAUAAAUCUUAUGUUUUUAAGGGAGAAACUUGUCAUGGUGGUAAAGCAAAUAAAGAGAGACUGACUGUUCUGGCCUGUGCCAAUUCUGAUGGGUCAGAAAAGUUACGUUUGCUAGUGAUUGGUAAGGCGAAAAAUCCACGUUGUUUCAAAAACGUAAGAUCGCUCCCUGUAACAUAUGAUGCACAAUCUCGAGCUUGGAUGACCGGCAUUCGUUUCAUCGACUGGUUAAAAGCUGUAGACAAUCACUUCCAGAUUAAAUGUAGACGCAUAAUUCUAUUCAUUGACAACUGCCCCGCUCACCCUAAAGGUGUUGAAUUAAAGAAUAUCAAGCUUGUUUACUUACCACCAAAUGCGACAAGCAAAUUACAACCAAUGGAUCAGGGAAUUAUAAAGGUCCUUAAGCAAGGUUACAGGACAAGACUAAUACAUCGCUAUCUUCGAGAAAUGGAAGACCCUGAUAGCAAACGACCCUUAACUGUGCAUGAUGCGAUUUUGAACAUUGCAGCGGCAUGGGAAGCAAUUAAGCCUGAAACCAUUCAAAUUGUUUCAAGAAAGCAGGAAUCAAAGUAUCUUGGCGGUGACAUGGAACACACUCACUUGGUGAAGGGCCUUGAUUAUGCCUUAUUACAAAAGGUUCGUUCAGAAAUACAAACUCGUGAGCAAGAACAAGAAGCAGAAAUGGAACGGCUAGUGUCUGCACCUGUAGAAGUUGUCAAGGAGAAAAAGGAAAUUGUUCCAGUGGAAGAAGAAAUGCAAUUCCAAAUUCCAAUGGCCAGAAAUAUUUAUAAUUUAGUUUUGGAGCAGAAGGCAAAGAAAGUAUUACGCAAUGAAUUGUUCGCGCCCGGCCGUAUGGCGUACGUAGUGGAGUUAGACGAAGAAGGCACCAUAGACAGCGACAUACCAACGACUCUCACUAGGAGCAAGGCGGAUGUGCCGGAAGCAGAUGAGAGGAGUUCCGCUUCCGCCGCAAACGAUGUCGUGUUGGAUAAACUGGCUCAAAUAUUCUCUUAUCUGCGUCAUGGCAGACACAGGAAACUUAAAAAGACUAAGGAUAAAAAUACAGAAAAAGGUAGAAACGAGGAUUCUAUAUAUGGGGACAUUGGUGACUACGUUGCGAGCGACAAACGGGGUGACCGCCGCGACGAGCGCCCUCGCACCGGGUACUUCGACAAGCCUAUAGAGACUGAGAAGGAGGAGGGUCCCGGUCCCCUGCCUCGUCGCCAGGCGCCUGCGAAUCCCGAGGAGCGGGAUAAGCGCUCUGCAGCGCUCCUGUCCCGUCUGGCCGCGGAGCCCGAGGGAUACGCAGAGUGCUACCCGGGAUUACGGGAAAUGGACGACGCCAUAGACGACUCGGACGAUGAAGUGGACUACACCAAAAUGGAUGCCGGCAAUAAAAAAGGACCUAUAGGUCGUUGGGACUUUGACACCCAAGAAGAGUACUCGGCGUACAUGAGCAGUAAAGAGGCGUUGCCCAAGGCUGCUUUCCAAUAUGGCGUGAAGACGCAGGACGGCCGAAAGACCAGGAAGACCAAAGAUAAAAGUGAGAAGGCCGAGUUGGACCGGGAGUGGCAACAGAUACAAAAUAUAAUACAAAAGCGUAAAGCACCGCAGUAUACAGGGGACGAGACUAACUUCAAGACACCCAGAUAC